GGGAACUCCGCGCGUGGACCCGCGGCCGCCGGCCGGCCGGCCCGCGCUCACCCUGGUUCUCCGUCUCGGCGAAGGGAGCCCGCCGGGUCCCGGGCUGAAGGGGAAGCCCCGCGCGCGGAAGGAACAUGAGGAUCCUUUGGAGAUCAUUCAAGAGGACGGUGGAAGGAGCCAUUUAAAAUAUAGUACAAAGUGCAGGCUGCAAGGCUGGGGUCCGAGGGUUGGCAGUGGAAAACCCUGUUGGGCUGUGAUCUCUCACUGAAAAGUUCCAAGUGCCUUUUUGCUUCCUGUAAGAGAAAGGAAGACAAGGAGAAGACCAUGUCUAUAGCCCUGAAGCAGGUGUUCAACAAGGACAAGACUUUUCGUCCCAAGAGGAAAUUUGAACCUGGCACACAGAGGUUUGAGCUACACAAACGGGCCCAGGCGUCCCUUAACUCAGGCGUGGACCUGAAGGCAGCCGUGCAGCUGCCCAGUGGGGAGGACCAGAACGACUGGGUGGCAGUGCACGUAGUGGACUUCUUCAAUCGCAUCAACCUCAUCUAUGGCACCAUCUGUGAGUUCUGCACCGAGCGGACCUGCCCUGUAAUGUCAGGGGGCCCCAAGUAUGAGUAUCGCUGGCAGGAUGACCUCAAAUAUAAGAAACCCACUGCACUGCCAGCUCCCCAGUACAUGAACCUGCUUAUGGAUUGGAUCGAGGUGCAGAUCAAUAAUGAGGACAUAUUUCCGACAUGUGUGGGUGUUCCCUUCCCAAAGAACUUCCUCCAGAUCUGCAAGAAGAUUCUGUGCCGCCUCUUCCGGGUCUUUGUCCACGUCUACAUCCACCACUUUGACCGGGUCAUCGUGAUGGGAGCAGAGGCUCAUGUCAACACCUGCUACAAACACUUCUAUUACUUUGUCACAGAGAUGAACCUCAUAGACCGCAAGGAGCUGGAGCCCUUGAAAGAGAUGACAGCCAGGAUGUGUCACUAAUGCCCACCUCAUCCUCCAGAAGAAAGGAAAGCUGUUUCCUUGGGGCAUCCCCAUGGGGCAUGAGGGCCCUCCCUGGAUGAAGUGACCCCUACUUCCAGGAGCAGGAAAGCUGAUGCCACACCACGGGGACUCCUGAAAGACGCUUCCUACUCACUCCAUGUGCUCUUAACCCUCUGAGUGCUGCUAGCCAAGACCCGCGGGCCAGGCAGACUGAUGUAUGAAGAAAACCCAGCCUUGACCCCUAUGGCUGCAGCCACUUGCAGGAGGGCCUCGCGCUUCUGUGCACGUUACACUUCUGCCUGUGACCUGCCGCAUAAGCUUUACUGGAAUUCAGGUUUUGAGACCGAGAUGUUGAUUUUGUCUUGUCAGACAACUAGGCUGACUUUUCUGUCAUGUGUUUUCUAAGUACUGAGUGAAUAUGGGGAUUUCAGGUAGGCAGCAAGUUCUUCUGUCCCCAGUCUUCCUUUGAGUCUCUGCAGGCUCCUGUGGCUUUUUGUUGUGUGGGGCUUGGAGCUGGGAGAGACCUGAAGCCCAUCGGGCAGUGCCCAUGCCACUUCCCUCAUAAGCAGAUUUGUCAGGGACCACUCCAUGAGCUGGCUUGUCUGUGUCCCAAGCAGGCUCUCACAUUCUAACCACUGGGAAGAGCUGGUCACUGAUAGAGCUGACAAGUUACUAGUGACCAGCCCUGGUCAGAAUGCAUUCUUUAUAGCCACAGUCAUUCCUUGACUUUUCCAUUGAAGACAUUCUUUUCAAUUUCCCAGAAGAAAGAAAUAAAGUUAGGAGUGAUCAGUAGGAACCCUGAGCCAGAUUAGUGCAGUGUUUGUUCAUUGUUAAAGCAUAGAGUCCUGGAUGUCUCUAUAUAACUUCAGUGAGAAGUCAGUUUUAAAAUAUAGUUGGCAUUUGGUGCCUGUAGAUUAUACAUCCUGACUAUUAAUUUGUAGCUGCCCAGAGUUUCUGUACCCAGGCAAUGUUUCCUCUUCUACCACUCUCCCCACCCCUCCUGUGUUAUGACACAAAAUUAAUUUCUGCCCCAGUAAUUGUGCUACAGUUGCUAAAAUCACAGAGGAGCUGUAGUUGACUUCCUCCCAUUCAUUCCAGUUUUCCUCAUCCAGCAAUCAGAAUAACCAUUCUGCACUACCUCCUGCCUUUUGAACCCUGGUGUGUGUUGACUUCACUGAUUUAUUCACAAAAUGUGACAGCCUGACAGCCUGUGACUAGGGCAUAAUAAUAUUUCCCAAUAUAUUUGAUUUUAAUAAGCUGUCAGUUGGUGAAAGGAAGUAGAUAUGAAUGUAUUCAUACAUUUAAUGUCAUAACAAAAGAUAAAGGAGUUGUCUUAGUAUACAUCCAUGUGUGGAAACCAUUUUUGGCUGCCACAGAAUCCUAGAAAGUAUGAAAUCUUUGUCAGACUAAGUCAGCACUGACACAGUGGCAUUUUAUGUUGACCCUACAGACCAACGGUACUACUUCUCUUCUGUGCUUACUCUAGUUCACAGUGAGAUUUUCCCUAAGUUAACUUUGAAAGGCCAAGACAGGCAGAAUUUUUUCCAGCCUCACUUCUGACUGUGCUAAGGAAUCAGAAGAACUUCUAUCCCUGGCCUGGACCAUUGCAGUACCACAUGGGAGUGCAGGAUGGUGGGACUGGGAAAUGAAGUCUGACACCUGUGCCCUCAAAGACUCUCUGUAGCUCUCAUGGACAACCGCAGGAUCUUCACAUUAAAAUGUUCAGUGUCCUCCUGCAUUUCAGCUAUGCUCCAUAAAGGGGGAAGGCAGACAUGUGUCAUUAACAUUUGUCAUUUUCUAUUACCCAUGUAUAUGAAGUUGCCACUUGGUUUAGAAAUACGGAUUUAACUUGGAACAGAUUUUUCUCCUGGUUGUAUAGUUAAUUGCACUAAUUAACUCUUUUGAACAAACUCUGGCAAACUACUCUUACUUUUUUGAUUACAUAAUGUUUCUCUUUCCAUACAACUUCGGCCAAUUCUAAAGAACAUCCUUAUAGGCAGUUCUUAAAUCUUUGGCCUAACUUGUCUUCAGCAAAUGGAGAAUCUAAGCUCCUCGCAGCCCCAUAAACAUCUGCAGCUCUCUGGACCAGAGGCUGUCAACCCCAUUUCUUUCUCCUAAUCUGGCCUUGGUUCUUGUUGCUCUUUUGCCACUGUUUUAGUGGGGGAAGGCUUUCAAAGUUGAAUGAUUAUAGUGAGCACCCUAUGUCCUUAAGCACAUUGACUGUUAAUAUGCUUCCCGUUUUCUUCAUUAUUAUAAAUUCACAUUCUUGUUGUGGAUCAUUAUAAAAAUGCAGUCAGCUUAAAAUUUUAAGCAUUCAUUAUUCUCCUGUUAGUGAGAACAUUAUCCUAUCCAUCUUUAAUGUCAGCACCUCUAAGAAAUGGAAGGUUAACAGUGCAGAUCUGGUACACAGUUCAGAAGUCUCCAACUGUCUCAAAAUAUUCUUCACACUUGAUUUCUUUAAAAGGAAUGAAUCAAGAAGCACAGUUUAUGUUUACUUGUCCAUCAUUCUCUUUAGUUUCCAUUAGUGGAUUAGUAUUUGUGCGUGCGUGCGUGCAUGCGUGUGUGUGUUGGGUCUUUCAUGACCAACAUUUUUGAAGAACUCAAACUUUUUUGUUUAUGGAAUAUCCCCACCACUUGAAAGGUUAUUUUUUUCUUUUUUGUUUUUAUUACGUAGAGUCUUUAUAUGGACACAUCAUGUGUUGGUACCAUCAUUUUCCUCCUCCCUGCCCGCAUUUCAAUGAGGGCCCUUCUCAGUGAGAUUGCUGAUAUUCCCGGUGGGAUUGUGGUUUAUGAGUUGUGAGAGCAGCAGUCAUUGGGACAGGGAGGGGCAAUGCCUCUGUAUAUUCCUUCCCACCCUGUGGCUCUUACAGUCUUUCUGCCUCCUCUUCUGCAAAAUUCCCUGAGCCUG